UUUAAUCUUAUAGAGGAAUCUAAGUAUUCUACAAGAUAUAUCCCUUUGUCACUGACGAUCAUCAUCGAGGAUGUCACAUCUAUAUGUCGAUAGUAUACCGGACAUGAAGCAACCUACACCUCGUAAAAGACAAGUGCAAGCUUGCUCUGAAUGCCGUAGAAGGAAAAUUAAAUGCGAUAGAGUUUUUCCUUGUAGGCCAUGCAAAUCUCGUGGAGAUGAUGCGAUAUGUAGGGAAGUUGAAAAGCACGAUGAAUCAACUACCGGCUGUGCAUCUUCAACUUCUUUAGAAUUGCUCACUAACAGGGUACUACAUUUAGAGGCGGCUUUGAGAUCUAUGCACCAGAGAUUACCACAGGAUUUACAAGCAGGUUUAAUGCCUGCGUCUUUAUCAUUGGCACAUGAACGAGCUACAUCAUCCAAUCCAGUCAAACCAGAAGGACCUAGUAGGAGAGGCAGACCACCAAAGAAGAAGUUGGCUCCUCAGAAUACACAAGAACAAGAAAAAGAAACGACUGGAUCAGCUCAAUCACGCCCGCCUCUAUCUAGCGCUGUCUCAAACGAUUCAGACGAAGAAGAAGCAGCUAUGAUUCUUGAAGAUUUCGCUUUUGGUAGACGAGAGAAGCCAUCUUUUCCAAAUGAUCGUCUCAAACUAAAUAGUUCAGCAUCAUCACCAGUCGACUCACCUCAAACAUCUUAUAACUAUCCAGGCAAUGUACCCUCGGCUUCAACUUCCACUCUACCUCGAAUAGGUCCUCUUAAAGCCUCGAACUCAUUUACACCUCCAGAUUUCAAGUUAAUGCGUUGCGAAACAUCAGCUGAGGACUACCUCAAAAGUAUUCUUGCUGUACUACCAGAUAUCAAAAAAGGAAAAGCUUUGGUGAAACUAUACGUGACAAAGGUUGACUUUUUCCAUAAAGCAAUGCACGUGCCCACGUUUCUCAAUGAUUUGGAUAUAUUUUUCCGACAACUUAACUCAAAUUCUACGAAAGAACAUGAUGAAAUCCCUCCCGCAUUUACUGGAUUAUAUUUAAUAGUUAUAUGUGUUGCACUACAUUUUGCAGACACAGAAGAAGCUAUCGCUGCUGGUUUCACUCAAGAGGAACAUAAAACGCUUCCUUCACUUUAUUUCGCUGCCAGUAGAGCUUGCUUAUGGGCAAGUGAUUACUUGGAGAAUCACAACUUGAAGAAUUUGCAAACUAUUAUUUUGAUGGGACUUUAUCUGAAUAACACUAAUGGAUCUUCUACGCACUAUUCUUUGUUAGGUGCAGCGAUUAAGAUUGCUCAGAAUCUUGGUUUGUCCAGACUUGGAGGCGAAAACCAUGCUUUAGAUGAUGUAAAGAAUUCAAGAAAGUCUCAACGGUCAGGAAUGUGGGCUAGUGUCGUUACGCGUGAAGUUGGACGUAGAAUAUGGUGGAAUCUGGUGAUGCUCGAUUGGUUCUUGGCUGGUCCACACAAUUACAACUACUCUAUCCAUCCUAGUCAAAAUAAGUGCUGUUUACCAAGCAAUAUAGACGACGAUGAUCUUAUAGAUGGUCAACCAUUGGUAGCUAAACCUAUGUCAGUAUAUACAAGUAUGACGUACCAAUUAACGAGACUGAGGUCUCUUGAACACGUUAGAGCGAUCGUCGAUGAAUAUAACGAAAACGGACAUCUCUCAUUGGAAUUUACAUUGAUACAAGAUAAGAAAUGCAAAGAUCUAAUAAACGACUUACCAGAGUUCUACAAAAUGAACUAUGACGUAAAACAACUUGGUUUAUCACCCGAAAGGAUGCAAAUUCUUCAAUGGGAGAGGACAUUAAUUAACUUGUCUACUCAUACGAGACUUGUUAAAUUACAUCGACCAAUAUUAUCAAAAGGAUAUAGAAAUAAAAACUACCUGCAGAGUAGAAUUACAUGUAUAACAGCAGCAAGAGAAUGUUUGGCUGUUCUUCGACAUGGAGACAGCGUUGGGUUCCUCGAGAGAUGGUGGAUUUGUGUAUAUUACGCAUUUGCCAGUGCUAUCGUCAUCUUCAUUGACCUUAUCCAUGAUGAUCCAAUGAGUUCAGACGCUUUCGAUAAAAGAGAAGAAAUUAAGAGCGCACUCAAUAUGCUUAAGGAUGCAAGUGGAUUCAGCUCCGGUGCUGAUUCUUCAGCUGCACUGCUCGAGGGCUUAUUAGCUGAGGAGAUUAGACAAAAGCCUGAUUUGAAGCGCAAAUUCGGUGCAGAUGAUCGUGAUAGAGGUAGUCGGCAAAGAUCUGGCGAUCUUUCAAUAUUAGUGAAAAAACUUCUAGAUGAAGGACAAGCUGCUAAGAUUAGCUCACCUGGAAGUUCACAUCAUUCUACACCACAGUAUCAAUCUGAGCAACCUACAAAUUUGGCGACAUACGCAGUUGCAAAUGAUCAAAAAGUUGAAAAUGGAAAGAAUAGUCAACAUCCAGGAUUCACAGAUGAUCUUCUCAAGCGUGUCUUCGAGGAAGGUGAUGCCGGCUUGUUUGGUCUUCCAUUGAAUACAAAUUACUCUCAACAACCGUUUAAUGUGAAUAUGAGUGAUUUGAACACUAAUUACAUGCCACAAACGACGCAAGCAAAUGACAUGUUUACUGGGGGUGAUAUGCAAUUCAAUAUAGAUCAAUUGUUUGACGCUGGAGACAAUAAUAACACUUGGAAUGUUCUUGGAGGUAAUUCAUUGAGUUAUUUGUAAAUUAUGAUGUUUAUGGUUAUUUAUUUAAUGCAAUCAAUUAUUCAAUAUUAUGGACACUGUUUAGUAGUCAUUGAACAUCUAUUGAAUCACGUUAGUCCAAUGCACUUUAUGUUAGACUCGUUUUAAUCUCUAAUAAUGUAAUCUCAUCUAACGAUAUCUACUCUACCUCGAUAAUCCCAUGAUGAAGCAACAACUCAAAAGAUUUUUCAGGUAUUAGAUCUACAUCAUUAUUCUUGCGCACUCACUCUCGAUAAUGAUAUCAAUUGUGAUUAGCAGUUCGGAAAGACAUCAUCUUGUUGUGAUGUUUGGAUACUGUUUUUGAGGAUGGAGUUUUCUGGCUCACAUAACCUUCCCUCAUGCUGAAUACAUUGUAUUUCGUGUGCAAAUGUGGUCUGAUAUACUGGAUACCAGAUGCUAGUAUUGUCUUCCCAACUGGAAUAUGCCAUGUUUGUUACAUGGAUUAUAGCAAUAUAGACACCACCACAUACUUAAUUUAUCACAAAACAAUACUAAGAAGUAUUGUGAACCAGAAUUAGUCCUAAGUGACAGAGGAAGUUUGACUAAAAUACAAAGUAACUCGUUAAAGGAUCAUGAAGUUAAACUAAAGGUGUUAUCGGGAAUAGAUAUACAAUGUUCUGCCGAUGGCAAAAUGGUUAAUGGUCGUUCUAAUAUUGUCUUACUUUCAUCAUCUUAAAAUGUUCCCUUUGCCUUCAGACAGUUCAAUAAGUGAUAAGAUAAUGUAGUGUGUUACUUAGACCACUAUUGAUAUCAAAAGUAAUCGUUAAAAUGUAUUCAUCUCGUUAAAACCCAUUAAUAUAUCAAAUGCUACAAUCUAAUGACCAACGUGAUCUUCAAUUUGUCCGAUCAGAUUCUUGAUAUUAUGUCUUUCGAAUUUACCGAAAAUAUAACCAACGUAGAGGUAAGUUGCACCUCCAGCACCUGCUAGAAAAGCAAAGAAAGUGAAGAGUGGAGAGUAAGAAGCCACAGGUGGGAAUUCUGAGGCUACUACGAGUGCUAAACCCAAAACGACCAAUAAAGCAGUAAAGAAAAUAUACUUAACAGAUUGAUUCUUUGAGUGUUUGUUAAGAGUGCGUAACUUUCUUAUUGUUUCAAGAUAGCACAUCUCAUUAUCGGUGGCUCUGCUCUUGGCUGGUGAUUCUGGUUGCUCGUUACAUUCAAACGUGGUCAUUACGCCAAAAUGAUCAGAAUACGAAUGUUCAAAGUUUUGACCACAAAGUUCAUGAAACACUAUCUCAGAUUUAACUGGUUUUAGGACUUGUGAUUUUAAUAGUAUGUAAUCUAAACGUUUUCCACCUGCAAACUUGCUAGAUUCAUCUCCAGAUGCAUAACCAGGGUAUCUUUGAUGAUGGAAAGUGUUUAAUGCUACAUCAGCCGUGUAUCCGCACCGAAAUACCGCGUCUGAUGGUGAAUGUGGAGGUAUUUUGUCGUUUGUUGGAUGAUCGACACUCCAACAAUCGAUUAGAUUAGCGUGUGUUUUCAGUAAAUCGAAAACCAAGGUGAAAGGUUCAGAGUUUAUGUCACCAGUAACUAUAACGUUUCUUCCAGAGUUGUAAGAUUUCUUAACAAGUGUCGCCAACUGCCAAGAUUGUGAUAAACGGUGAGCAAAUCGGGCAUGUUUGUCAUUCUCAGCAUACGCAGCGUGGAAAUGAGUAGUGUAGAUGUCUACCAAGCCAAUUUCAGGAACUUGUACCGUAAUGGUACCCGCACCUUUACCAGCCAUCCAAUCACCCUUAAUAACUUCUAGUGGUGGUCCAUUCAUCUUAAAAGCAUUGAAAUCUGAUUCUAUUAUUUUGUAUUUUGAUAGUAUGGCUAGUCCGCUGCCAACUAAACCAGAGUAGAAGUAUUUUGUGUAUGGAUAUACAUUCUUGAGGUUUCUUUCUACUAGUUUGUAAUCGGAAUCUAGCCAUAACUCUUGCAAACAAACGACGUCAGCAUCGCUAUUGCUCAAUUUAGAUAUGAUAGCUUUUAUUCUUUGUUGACGGUAUUUAGAUACAUUAUUUAAGCCCCAAACAUUUAAAGUUAAAACCUUCAUCGCCGUGUUAACCAAAUCCGUUGCUGUGAUCUUCUUGAAAGUAACCGACGAGGUUUAGUGAAAAAUGUCA